AUGGCGUCUCAACAACCCGGGGAUGCCCCGCCACCAAAACGCCGCAAGCUCGAUGACGACCCCCCGAGCAGAGAAGUCACAAAGUCCGACAUUCAUGCAGGGCUCGACAAGCCAAUCAGUCCCCCAUUGCCACGGCGCAAAAGCCCCGAGCCACCGUCAUUUACGCCGACUUGGAGUUUUGAUGGAGUACCGAAACCAACAUUGGCCUCGGGACCAGCCGAACCAGCAACACCACAUCAUGGGAGGGACGGGACUGGGGAACCGCAAUAUUGUCCUUCGCCAGUACAGCUGACCAGAAUUGAGAAGCUGCCGGCGCAUCAGAAUAUAGAUACUGUGUGCUUGUCGGACUUGCUCGGUGAUCCGUUGAUCAAGGAAUGUUGGAACUUUAACUUUUUGUUCGAUUUAGACUUUGUCAUGCAGCAUUUCGACAGCGAUGUGAGAGACAUGAUCAAAGUCAAGAUCGUGCAUGGCUUCUGGAAGCGGGAUGAUGAUAACAGGAUCGCCCUACUUGAAACAGCAGAGCGGUACCCGAAUAUCGAGCUUCUGAGCGCGUAUAUUCCGGAUCCGUUCGGAACGCACCACUCGAAGAUGCUUAUCCUCUUUCGCCAUGAUGACACUGCGCAAAUUAUCAUCCAUACAGCCAAUAUGAUCCAUCGCGACUGGGCCAACAUGACUCAAGCAGUAUGGAAGUCGCCAUUGUUACCUGUUUCAGUUCAACCAACGUCAUUCCAGCCAGGCUCUCCUCUAGUUCACCCGGUUGGGAGCGGCGAGCGAUUCAAAGUUGAUGUCCUCCGAUAUCUAAGUGCAUACGAGAAACGGUUGAGAGGGCUGACCACCCAACUUCAAGACUACGAUUUCUCAGGUAUUAGAGCUGCGUUCAUUGGAAGUGCACCAUCGCGACAGAAGCCCGCUACAGCUAGCCCUUCGGUGACCUCGUUCGGGUGGCUAGGCUUGAAAGAGGUACUUUCUAGUAUUCCUGUCAUGGGCGCCCGGGACUCUCUACGUCCUCAUAUCGUGACGCAAAUUUCAUCUAUAGCAACGUUGGGUGCGGCGCCCACAUGGCUAUCGAACUUCCAAUCAGUACUUGCAUGCCAGUCGGCAACCACAGUAGCCAACUCCAAGGAACAAUCAUCUUCCUCGACGCAAGCCUCAUCUUUCUUCUCCAAAUGUGAGUCUAACAUAGGAAAGUCGCUAUCUCCUAAGUACAGUGUCAUCUUUCCAACCCCAGAGGAAAUCCGUGGUUCGCUUGAUGGAUACGCAUCUGGUGGGUCAAUUCAUUGGAAACUUCAAUCAGCGCAGCAACAGAAACAGUUGGAGUACAUGCAUCCGAUGCUAUGCCACUGGUGUCACGCGUCUUCUUCGUCAUCCAACGACCCAGCAAGGCAAGAAGCGCAUCGUGGCCCGGCGGCACCACACAUCAAAACCUACAUACGUUUCAGUAACGAAGAGCACAAGACCAUCGACUGGGCAAUGGUGACGAGCGCAAACUUGAGCAAGCAAGCAUGGGGCGAUGUGGUGAACAAGAAAGAUGAGAUCUGGAUACAGUCGUGGGAGGCGGGGGUUGUCGUCUGGCCUGCUCUAUAUGUCCAGGCGCAGGAAGAAGUCGCCAUGAUCCCUGUUUUUGGGAACGAUAUGCCUGGAGCCGAGAGUCUCAGUGCUCAUGAUGAUGGUAGCGGGGGAAUGGCAGCUGGAGAGAAGAACACGGUUAAGCCGAGGACAGUCGUGGGUUUCCGCAUGGCAUACGACUUACCACUGCGGCCCUACUCGGCUGAUGAGAGGCCUUGGUGCGCUACAAUGCAACACUCGGAGCCAGAUCGAAACGGGCACGCCUGGGGUGGCUACGGACGAUGA